AUGCAUCGAUUAAGCCUGCAAUCCCGGAGCCGGCACCAGAGCGGCGUGGCCCACUCGGCCUCGCCGCGUCCGGCCCGCGCACUGCUACCUCCGACGCUGCGUGCAUUAAAUGCCACUAUCCAGAGGCGAUGGAUUCCUGUCGGAGGACGUGGGGACCGCGUGCCUGACGAAGUGGGAGCGCCGGAACAAGUCCCGACACGCGAGGGGCGAGCGGGAACGGGGAGGUCAGAGGACUCCCUGGAGCAGUUGGGGCUUCGCUUCGCGGCGGGCUGCCGGACCGCAGCUGCAGCUCGUGGGGACCCGGCCGUGGCCGCUCGCGUGUACUACGCACGCGCGCCCCACGCGCCUCGAGUCUCCUCCGCGCCCGCCCAGGCAGGCCACAGCUGCCCGCCCGUAACACGCACGCGCGCCCCACGCGGCUCGGAGCCCUCGCGCCCCCCCCCUCCCUCGCCUGACCCGGACGUCUCCCGCGCGCUCCUUCCCCUCAGGUUUAACCGCGCCGAAGAUAUUAGAUGUACCCGCUGUCCGCUCCGCGCGGGCCGUCGUGCAAUGCUAUACGCGCUCCGCGCGCGCCGCGCGCCCCUCCUCCUCACGUCCGUCCUCUCUGAAACCUUGGCAGCGGAGGGGGAUCACAUUUCCUUUGUCAUCGGGCCAUUUCGCCCUCGUCUUGGUUCCCCUUCUGAUCCCGAGCCGCGGGGACGAAGCCUUCCCGGCACGCUGGAAUCAGUGGAACCGGCAGCUGCCCCGCGCGGCGAGCUCGGGAGCCGCGUGGCUAACGCCGCUGGCUGGCGCCCGCGUCAUCUUCUGCCGAGUAGCCGAGCAGGACUCUGUUGGACCCGGCCGCGUUGCGCCUACCGGGCUUUGCUCUCGCGGUGCCCCGGCCUCCUGGGGCUUUGCACAACUCCCCCAGUUCGGGCUGUGUCGUGCGCGCGCGCGAGCGCGUACUCCCUCUUUCUCUGCUUUGCCGCCUCUUCUUCGUCCUUCUCCUCCUUCCCCUCCUCCUCCUCCCCCUCCUCUCAGUACGCUGGUUAUUGA